GGGACCAGGCUGAGGACUCUGAGCGGCAGCCCGGCGCACGCCACCUUCUCGUCAGCCAGCGAUCUGUCACCCCCGGUAACGCCGUGCCCUGCCACCGACACUUCUCUCUCCUCCUGUUCCCUGGUGCUGGAAAAUGGCGGCCUCGGUCUGUGUCAACAUCCAGAUGCUUCUGGAGGCGGCGGAGUAUCUGGAGCGGAGGGAGAGAGAAGCCGAGCAUGGUUAUGCUUCCAUGUUGCCUUACAAUAGCAAGGAGAGGGACAGCUUGAAGAGGAAAAGCAAGUCGAAGAAAAGCAGCAGCAGCAGAUCAACCCAUAAUGAAAUGGAGAAGAACAGGCGAGCUAAUUUGCGGCUAUGUCUGGAAAAACUAAAAGUAUUGGUACCCUUAGGUCCUGAAUCUAACAGGCAUACCACGCUAAGUCUCUUAACAAGAGCAAAGUUGCACAUAAAGAAACUUGAAGAUUGUGAUAGAAGGUCACAGCACCAACUAGAGCAGCUACAGCGGGAGCAGCGGCACUUAAAAAGACAGCUAGAAAAAUUUGGGGUGGAAAGAAUAAGAAUGAACAGUGUAAGAUCGGCAGUGUCAUCUGAGAGAUCGGAUUCUGAUCAGGAAGAGAUUGAUGUGGAUGUCGAGAGCACAGACUAUUUAACAGCAGACCUGGACUGGAGCAGUAGUAGCAGCAGUGCCAGUGACUUGGACGAGAGAGGAAGCUUGCAGAGCAUUUGCAGUGACGAAGGUUAUUUCAGUGCCGGAAUUAAAAGGAUAGAACUACAAGACAAUCCCAAAUCCAGUGUUACCCUAUAA